GGUUGCCGAUUGCCGAUUGCGGGGCUCAAGUUCAGGCUUCAAAGUACUUAGCGACAAAGAAACAAUCGAGGCUGAGGCCCGGGCUGCGGCUGCGGCUGCGGCUGCCCAACUAUGUAUAAAAGCCAGCACUUUGGCCCGUCAUCAUCAACAGUUGCAAUCGAUUCACCCAUCAAAGCACAAACUUCUCUGCAUCUCCAAACAUGUUCAAAUUCGUUUCCUUCUUUGCGCUGCUGGCCGUGGCUGCCGCUGCUCCUGGCCUCAUCGCCCAGACACACUCGAUUGUCCAGCCCGCCUACGUGGACCACAGCGCCUCCUCGGCCAUCACCCACCAGAGCAAUGUGAACCUCGUCCGCAAGGUGCCAGUGUCUCCAGUCGUCACCUACGCCGCCGCUCCUGUCGUCCACUCGGUCCAUGCUGCUCCACUGAUCAAGACCGUCGUGCCAGCUGUCCACACCGUCCACGCUGCUCCUGUGGUCCACACGGUGCAUGCUGUUCCCCAGUACCACCCCGUCGUGGCCGCAUCCCCCGUUGUCUACUCCGCCUUCCACCACAAGUGAAUCGAUUGAGAGCGUGUUGGCGAAGGACUCGACUCUGUUAUGUCCGCAGAGAACGCUGAGCAAAUCAAUUAAAACAAAAGUAUUACAGGAAA